UGUAUGUUGCACAUGCACUUCUUGAAGUUCUUGUUACCUUGACAAAAUAUGCCAAAUACUGUUAAACUCGAUGACAACUCAACAUCCUAGAUGAACGGCACAUCUACCGCGCCCACAUCUUGCUCGGCUACUCUCUCGCUGUCAAGAUGAUCAAUUAUCUGAGGCAAAUCUUGAACCUGCAUUCUGAUACGUACAGCUGAUUGUUCUUCUAAACCGCCCCGACGCUCGGCCAGCACCGGCAAAGGUGCAAAUUGGACAACCAUGUUCGAGAAGUCGCUAUACGACCUCAUUCGAGGCUUAAGAAAUCAUAAAGGCAACGAGAAAGAGUACAUGCAAAAUUGCUUGAAAGAAUGUCGUUCAGAAAUCCGAAGCCAGGAUCUAGAUCUCAAGGCGACCGCUUUGCUAAAAUUAAUAUACCUGGAAAUGUUCGGACACGACAUGUCAUGGGCCUCCUUCAACGUGCUCGAGGUUAUGGCUUCUCCCAAAUACCAUCAAAAGCGAGUGGGAUAUCUUGGCGCCAUUCAGAGCUUUCGCCCUGAUACAGAGGUCCUCAUGUUAGCAACCAAUCUCCUCAAGAAGGACUUGACUGCAGCACCGACGACUACCAUCGCUCUUCCGAUCGUGACUCUUCCGCAUGUCAUCACACCGUCCCUUGCGCUCUCCGUUCUACCCGAUCUUCUACCACGACUCAACCAUACCCAUCCUGCAAUUCGCAAAAAGACCAUUGUCACCUUAUACCGACUCGCCUUAGUAUAUCCCGAAACUCUACGUGCUGCUUGGCCGAGGAUUAAAGAUAGGCUCAUGGACAGGGCUGAAGACCCCAGCGUUACAGCCGCUAUCGUGAAUGUCAUCUGCGAGCUCGGAUGGCGGCGGCCCCACGAUUUUCUCCCGUUGGCACCUCGCCUGUUCGAGCUAUUGGUUGACAGUGGAAAUAAUUGGAUGGCAAUAAAAUUGAUCAAGUUGUUUGCUACCUUGACGCCACUUGAGCCUAGGCUUGUUCGAAAACUGCUACCGCCUUUGACUGAGAUCAUCCGUACAACGCCUGCCAUGUCCUUGUUGUAUGAGUGUAUCAGCGGCAUUAUCCAAGGCGGUAUCCUUGGGAGCGGCGAAGAUUCAGAUGGGAGAGAAGAGAUCGCAUCCCUUUGCGUUAACAAGCUACGGGGCAUGAUAAUGAUAGAUGGCGAUCCAAACUUAAAAUAUGUAGCGUUGCUCGCAUUCAAUCAGAUCGUCGUCACUCAUCCUUGGCUAGUUGCUCAACAGGAAGAUGUUAUUUUAGAGUGCAUAGAUAGCACCGACAUCUCAAUUCGUAUUAAAGCACUGGAUCUUGUACAGGGCAUGGUCAGCGGUGACAAUUUAGUCUCCAUUGUUAGUCGUCUUAUGAGACAACUCAAGCUCUCGUCUUCAGCAGACCGCAGGGCAGCAAACUCGUCACGGUUGAGUCCAGAGGAUUCAGAUGACGAAGAUUUCGAAAGAACCAGCGAUUCUGCAUCAAAAUCAACAAACCAGUCUCCGCCACUUCCGGAUGAUUACAGGAUCGACGUUAUCGGCAGGAUACUAAACAUGUGUUCUCAGAACAAUUAUGGUUACUUGACGGAUUUCGAAUGGUAUCUUGAUAUAUUGACACAACUUGUUCGAACUGCUCCGAUACCACGGCCUGUGGUUGAUACCAAUUCCAUUUCCGCAUCAGGAAAAUCAAACGAGGGUGAUAUAUCUGAGAGAAUAGGCGGGGAGUUGCGGAAUAUCACCGUCAAAGUUCAGGCUCUUCGUCCUAUAUGUGUUAGAGCUGCCGAGGCGAUUUUAUCUCAGUUGAAUGGCGAAACAUCGAUUGGACAACCUAUUAAUUCGGGGGCAUUAAAACCAGUUGCUUGGAUUAUCGGUGAAUUUUCAUCAGAUUUAUCUUCUCCGGACGAUAUCCUUGGAACUCUGCUGCAAACCAUCCCAAAGACCCCAUCUCCCGAAUCUCUUGCAGCCUGUCUCCAGGCGAGUAUGAAGGUCUUUUCCCUAGUUACGGGGGAUCAGUUGGCCCCCUGGACACCCGAGCGUAAAUCAAAAAUUUCACUUCUUAUGGCCCGUAUUAUUCAUUCCUUCGAAUCUUUAGUCCUACACCCGAAUCUCGAAGUUCAAGAACGAGCAGUAGAGUUUAUAGAGUUGCUGAAACUUACUGCCGAAGCGGCUUCGAGUCAGGAGGCGUCAACGGAAACCGUCUAUCAAGACCCACCCCUACUCUUGACACAGGCGAUACCGUCCCUUUUCGCUGGCUGGGAAUUAAAUUCAGUUGCUCAAGCCGCGCAAAAGAAUGUUCCUCUCCCAGAUGGCCUAGACCUUGAUGAGCCUAUCAAUCCGAACCUCAACUUCCUUCUCUCAUCUGCCGAGUCGAUAUCCAUCCCGGUCGACGAAACGGAUGAGUUUGAGAGCUACUACUAUCAGCGACCCCCACCAACUAGUAUUGUUUCCGAGCCAGCCAUCAAUAAGCUGGCAGACAGUCGUGAUGAUACAUCUAAUUCCUACCAACAACCUACCGAGGAGACGUACUUGGAUGCAGACAUCUUAGCGAAAAGGAAAGCCGAGCGCCUGGAAAGGAAUCGCGAUGACCCGUUCUAUAUCCAGGAGAGCAGUUCCAUCCAGAGAUCCUCGACCCCUAUACAUAACAUUCUCCAAAACUCAAACGGCCCCGACCUAGACGUCGAUUCUAUCCCUAUCAUGGAACUCGACCUUGAUAAACUUAGCGCCGGCGUCGAUCACUCACGCCCACAUCAACCAGCCCGCCCAGCCCGCCGUGCGCCGCGCCAGAAGAUCGUCGUCGCAGCAGACGAGAACCUAGCCAGCAGUGGGCUUAGCACGCCUAAUCGGAACUACGACUCCGAGAACAGCUCCGGCGCCGCCGCGUCCAAGGCGCACGGUAAGAAACUCAAGCAAUCCCUCUUAGGCGUGGAUUCGACCAGUAUCGGUGCCCUAAAUCUUGAGGACGACGGUUCGAGCGCCACCGCUUUCGACCCCGAGGCCCGCCAGAGAGAGGAGGCGGAGAUGGCGCAGGCCGUCAAGGAGGUCGAGCGCCUACGUCUCGAGAUGCAGCGCGCGAACGAGAGGAUACAGGUCGCGCAGGGCGUCGACGCCGCGGGCACAGUCGUCAAGAAGAAGAAAACCGGCACCAAGGCCAAGGCCAAGAAACCGAAGACUACAACCGAGGAGACCGGUGACGGUGUAGUAGAGAAUAACGGGGAUGCAGGGACGGAGUUGAAAGUCAAGAAGAAAAAGAAGAAGGUCGCGACGAUAGACGAAGGGACCGGUGCAGCAGCAGCCGGAGAAGUGGUUGUUAAAUCCAAGCCGAAAAAGAAGAAGGCGAAACCGCCUGUUGAAUUCCAUGAUGCGGAGGCUGGGUGAGGGGAUUAACGUGAGCAUUAGCAUCAGCAUUAGUACCUCCUCCUAGGUAGGUAGGUAGGUGUAUAGACAGAAUACCAUUACAAUGCAUUGAUACAAUCUAAA